GACCUUUUCCCUAUCUACAGUAAAGAGCGGAAGAGAGGGCGACCGCGAGGCGAUCUCAGCCUCCGGCGGUGAUUCCGCCGCCCUCCUUCUUCUUCGUCGGCCGUUUCGGCGGCGGAGAGGGAGGAGGGGGGUGGAAUCAACGCGCGGAUGUAUAUAGCUUAGGUAGUAGGUUACCUAGGGCUAAGGUUUGCUAGCCGUCGGUCAACGGCGGUGGAGCUAGGGUUCCAGGGGUGGCCGUCGGGUCCCUCAGUCGGACAAUAAUGAUGUUCCUUCUGCUGCUGCUCAGUGUUGUCGGUGCGACGGAGUGGAUCUCGGUCUCCUUGUCGUCGGCCGGCGUUGGUGUUGCGGUUGAGUGGAUUUUGCUACUCCGGGCAGAUCUGGGUCAGUUAUCUUUCCUUGAUUUGCUCUGUGAGUUUUGUUGGGUCCUUCGAUUUGUGGUCGGACGGAUCCUGUGCUCCUCCGAGUCGUCUUCUUCGGUGGGGAUGACUGCGGAUUUCACUUCGAUGUUCACGGCGUUGGAGUUCUUGGGCUUGUUCAUGUUCUUCUUUGCCGCGGUUGUUGGCUGGUUCUUCGUGGUGCUUCAAGCUCACCUCUGGAUCUUGGGUUUGGGGGAAGAAGGCGGAGGAGAAGGCAAAGUAGAGGAGCCGACGGCUGUGUUCAAGUAUCGCGAAUGGUUUGCAACUUUCCAAUGGUUGGAGUCCGCUCCUUGUUUUGGUUUGGGAAGGUUUUGUGGGUUGAACUCCAGUGGCGUCACUCAGAGGCCUGCGGAGUUUCGGCUCGUUGAUCACACAAGGAAGAUGAUGAACAGUGGUGCUUGGGAUCUUGUUGUAAUUUUACUUUUACUCAGGGUCCUGUACGCAAAAAAGGAUUGUAUUGUGCUUGAUCUUUAAUACAUCUACGGUCCUUUUCGCAAAAAAAAAGGUAAAUGGAAAGAAAAUCGGAAGGAAACUAAAGAAAGAAGCCCAGGAACACAAAUCGAACUACGGGCCGAGACCCACCCCAUGACCAAGGGCCGCUAGUGUUUUUUUUUUCUUCAAUCAAGGCUUCAUGCGCAGCCUAGUUGGUUCACUCGAAAAAGAAAAAAAAACUUGGCCCAUUUGGCGUCCAUUUCCUUUCCAUCGAGUCGCCGGCGAGGCGUGGAGGCGGCGGCGAUGCUGCGGUCGGCGCUUCGGCGGGGAGGGGCGGCCGCGCGGCAGGUCGCGUGGGACGGGGUAUCCUCGCCGAGGGACCUCCUCCGGAUGCGCGUGGCGGAGCGGGAGCGCUUGAGGCGGCGGCGGCGCGACCCGGGGCGCGACGAGUUCUUCGUGCCGACGCCGGAGUCGCUGGCGUGGCUCGACUCGGCCUCACUCCCCAUGGUGCUCACCGCGGUCGCCGUGGCCCUCUUCACCAAGCUCCUCAUGAUGGAACAUGAAUCUACAGAUCAAGAAAGGAGAGAGCGCAAGAUAAAGAAUAGCCACCCUGAUCAAGGAAAAGUAAGGAUGCUGAGUCGUGAAGAAUGGGAAGAGGUUCAAGAAGUCAGGCCAAGGACCCCUUUUGAAUCAAAAUUAGCUCGUCCUCAUGCUCGUAUAAGAACUGGGGAACCAGUGCGACUGGAGGAUGUCAAGAAUUGGGCUACUGAUGUAAUAGCAGACGCUUUUACCAGAGUGGAAGAAAGUACCAAGGGGAAAUGAUUCAGAAGAAACAGCCAGUUCAUAUGCUUUAAGGUCUCCCUGAAUGCAUAGUUGACAAUAGUUUUUUUUAAUCUACUUCCUGUAAAUGGUAACCUUUCUUAUGCAUUAUUGUGGCCGUGUGCCCAUAUUGUAGAAUAAUAUUUUCACUCGCUUUCGUCCCUGCUCUGCUGAUCUGCUGGUCUACACAAUCACGGCGGACAGUGAUGUGAUGGUGACUGGUGUGACAGUGCAAGUAAAUAAGUGGUGAUCCGAUUUAAUUAUGGCGAUA